ACUUUGAGUGGACUUUUGAUGACAAUUGACACCAAAAAUGGACAGAUAUUUGAAUUCAGAUGAAAUACAAGACACGCAUAUCUGUGGUGUUUGCAGACAAUCAUAUAGUGAUAUCAAUGCUUUUGUUGAACACAAGAAAGUCUGCAAAUCAAAUAGUCUUCAAUGCAAACAACAAAUCCCUUCAAAAAAGACUAUCAAAAAUCGAAGAAAAUUGAAAACGAAAUCUAAAAUUAUGACUAAAAUGGUUGACAAACAACCAAAAGUGUUGAACGAAGAGUCGAUAGUAACAGAUACGAGUGAAUCCUUACGACUGCAGGAAUUUUCUCAGACCAUGACUUCAGAUAAUAUCGUCAAUACAGACAUUGAGACAAAUGUUGUCCAAUCGACAGUAACUGUUACCGGAACUACUAUUUAUUAUUCAAAUGAUAACGGCAAAAAGUUUAAAUGUGAAUAUAAUAAUAAUUGCAUUUUUACUACAUAUUAUCUAAAAGAUCUGGAAAGACAUUACAGGAUACAUACCGGAGAAAAACCGUUUAAAUGUGAUGUUUGCGACCGUUGUUUUAACCGAUCGGAUAAAUUAAAACUUCAUACUCGAAGUCAUACGGGAGAGAAACCGUAUCAAUGCGAUCAAUGUUCUUAUGCAUCAAGUGAUAGGUGUAGUCUUGUCAAACACCAACGCAUACACACAGAUGAAAGACCAUACAAGUGUCAGUUGUGUCGGUACGCCAGUCGUAAUUCAAGUCAACUCGUUGUCCACUUAAGAACACAUACCGGUGAUUCCCCCUUCAUAUGUGUCUUAUGUAAGGCUGGUUUCAAAAUUAAUUCGGAUCUUAAGAGACAUAUGAAGAUCCAUACCGGAGAAAAACCAUUUGAAUGCGAACAGUGCUCAUACAAGUCAUCCAUUAAAGGCAAUCUUCAUAUGCAUUACAAACUGAAACACUCGAGUGAAAGUCGAGUUCAUUGUAAUGAAUGCCAAUUUAUUGCCAAUUCUAAGAAAGAAUUGAAAGAUCACAUCAGAGAUCAUAUGAUUAAACCAUUAUCAUGUGAUGAUUGCAAUUACACAACUAACUCAAGAUCAGCCCUAAACAAUCAUAUCAGAAUUCAUACCAAUGAAAAACCAUAUGAAUGUCAAAUAUGUGGCUAUAGUUGCCGUCAGGCAUGUAAUCUCAACACACAUAUGAAGACUAAACAUCCCAAUCGUGGCACCGAUAAGACUAUCAAAACCACAAAAGCAAUUCUAAAAUGUGAAACUCGUGUGAAAGGCGGUCGCAAAGGAAAUAAAGCUUAUUGUCAGACAAUAUUCAACUGUCAUUUGUGUGAUUGUAGUUUUGUUAGAGAAGACUCACUUCGUAGUCAUCUACGACACCAUCAAGACAUGCAUCCCACGACAGGCGCUGCAUUAGCUAUAUUGCAAUUGCAAAAUGAAAGUAAACUGAGUGAACCAAUAGUAACAAGUGAUCCAAAUAAAGAAAUAGUGACCACACAAACAGAAUCUCAAGAAAUCGAGUUAGAGAUGGAGACAAACAUCAACAAUAACGAUACAAUUGCAGUGGAGAGUCAACUUUAUCGACAAUUAAUGCAAGACAACGUCGAGACAUCAACAGAACAUUCAUACAAUCGGACAAUUGAACCAAAAACAUACUCCAAGAGAGAGCGAAACGUGAAAAACAACAAAUCAUUGCUUAAAACUCAAGCCUUGCAAUUAGUGCCAACAUCGACAACAUCCGGACAAAUAGUUUAUCAUUUACAACAACCAAUGGGUUUGUCUUAUCUGCCAAAUGUCAGCACAAUUGUGGUAAUUAACAAUCAAACUAUUGAUACAAAUGAUUCAAUAGAUAAUACAAAUACUAUUGAAUAA